AUGGACUACUUGAAAUCCCUCGAGACCUGCACCUAUAUCCUCGCCUCUCACUCCUCCGGUUUCUUCAAUACUAUGCGAACUCUUUCUGGUGGUCAAAAUGUCAGAGUUAUCUUGGCCGCUGCAACAUGGCGACGACCUCAUGAUGUGGUCAUUUUGGACGAGCCGACCGAUCACUCGGACCGCGAAUCGCUUUUAGCCCUGAUAGAAUCAUUGAAGACGUUCGAGGGUGGUGUUUUGGUUAUCACUCACAACCGGGAAUUCUCUGGAUCAAUUUGUUCCGAAUUCUGGGCCAUGAUAGACGGUUAUCAAGAGGCUUCUGGUCACAACUGGACUGAGGGUCAAGGACGAAGAAGAAGAGCACUUGAAUGCUUUGGGGAACAAGAUAGAAGCUCCGAAUAA